AGAACCAAGUCGUCGCUAAAACGAAACACCUAUGGCGACGAAAUUUGGGGCAUCUUCAGCCUUUGUUCUUUAUUUCUUCUUCUUGACGCCUGCUAGUAGUAGUAGUUCUGAUGUCCCGCUUAUCUUCGUACUUGGCGGCACCUCAGCUGAUAAUGGGAACAACAAUUGCUUGAACACCACGGCGAAGUAUAAUGUGCCUUUCAACGGGAUCGAUUACCGUAAUUCUACGCCCACCGGCAGGGCUAGCAACGGCUUGAUUUUGCCGGACUAUGUUGCUAGGAGGCUGAAUCGCACCGAAAGUCCGCCGCCGAUCAUCUGCCUUAUCCGAAGCUCCGACGAAUACCAACGGGCGAUAUUGACCGAGGGUGGCACUUUGGCUUCGGCAAGCUCCGGAAUUUUUGACACAACCGGCCGGCCGCGGUUUGGCGAAGUACUGCCAUUACGCACGCAGGUGAAGUUCUUCGGGGAGGUGUACGAGGACUUGAUCGAUUUACAGGGCCGACAAGCCGCCACCAGUUUGAUACGCCGCUCCCUCGUUCUAGUGUCCACCGGAAGCAUUGACAUCGCCGACCAACUGGAUCGGCCCCCCAUAUCCGACAGCUUCUUUAUCACCGCUGUGAUAGCCCAAUAUGUUGGUCUGUUAAGGAGUCUAUAUGCAUAUGAAGCUCGGAAGUUCGCCAUUGUGGCGCCUCUACUGAUUGGAUGCAACCCAAAUUCCUUUGCUGAUAACGCAACGGGCUGCAACCAGAGAGGAACUUCGUUGACGCUCGACUUCGUGGAGAGCCUCGCCACCGCGCUGAGAAGGCUGCGCGUGUUGUAUCCCAAUUUCCAGUACUCCAUCUGUAACGCUCCCAACUUCUUGCUGGAUGUCAACGCAAAUCCUGGGAGUUUCCCGGCAUGUGGUAUAAGGGAGGUGAGAGAUGCGUGCUGUGGGAACGGAACCAUGCCCUGCCGGCCAACUUCAACCCUGUGCGGCAACCGCGAGCAGUAUCUGUAUUGGAGCCAGUACCAGCUCACUCAGGAGGGCUCCAGGAUCCUUACCGCAGCUUGUUUCAGCAACAACCUCAGAUACGCCGCUCCUAUAAACUUCUACCAGCUUGCUCGUACUACUACUUGAACUACACCGGGAGCAGCACUUGUAUUGUGCCCCAAUAAUAUCCACUUCCUAGUUAGUAAUUAGCUACCACUUCAAUUUCAAAUUUAAUGCAGAAAUGAAGGGGCAAGAAAUGAACACCAAUCAC